GGACCCACGUAUGGCCAUCUUGGCCAGGCCCAGGAGUAGACCGACAGUCUCCAUCACCCUGGAUGUGGAAACAGCGCAUCCGCUGCUCGAGGUGUCAGAGGAUCUGAAGAGUGGGAGACGGACUCGGAUCCGGAGAAGUCUCCCUGACACCGGGAAGAGGUUUACAGUCUGGCCGUGUGUGCUGGGAUCGGAGGGAUUCACAUCGGGGAGACAUUACUGGGAGGUGGAGGUGGCGGGGAGUCGGCGUUGGAGUCUGGGAGUCGCCACAGAGUCUGUGGAGAGGAAGAGAGGGGUCGACAUGACCCCGGAGACUGGAGUCUGGAGCAUCAGACGGUGGGGUGACGAGUUUGUUGCAUUCACCUCCCCUCGAUCCCCUCUCCCCGCCCGUCCCAUCCCCGGGAGGGUGGGAGUUUAUCUCAGUUGCGAGCCCGAGACAGUUUCAUUUUACGACGCGGACACCAAGUCCCAUCUCUACACCUUCACUGGGAUCAAAUUCACAGAUAAACUUUAUCCUUUCUUCUGGACUCAGGAUGACAACCAGUGGCUAAGAAUCUGCUCCGGUUCCGCUCCGGGUGUGUAAAAUGGUCGGGUCCCGGGACCAGCGUCAGGAGCGGGGCUCAGGGGCUGUGGGGCAGAAACCCAGUGGACAAUAGGUCGGCGCUGAACGGCUCCCAUUUAAUCCCCAAAUUCCACGUCGUGAAACCCCAAUGAGCGCGGAAAUAAAACCAGGGGGAAUGUAAAUGUGGGAAGAGCGAAAUAAACAGCAACUGAAAUCAGAGCUGUCUGUCUGUCGAUCCGUUUAUUUCAACGCGUUAACUGCGUCACUUCUUGGUUCCGCCACUAGACGGCAGCAAAGCCACGUGGUGCGACCACAGACUAGCUGUAACUUUGACAAUUAACUUUGACAAUUGCAGAAACAGCUGGAAUCUGAUUUAAUAAGUGGCUUUUGUGACCAGUUACCACAGCCGCGGACAAAACCAAAUGCAUGGCUUAAAGAGUGGUGAAUCUCUGGAACUCUCUGCCACAGAGGGUAGUUGAGGCCAGUUCAUUGGCUAUAUUUAAGAGGGAGUUAGAUGUGGCCCUUGUGGCCAAGGGGAUCAGGGGGUAUGGAGAGAAGGCAGGUACGGGAUACUGAGUUGGAUGAUCAGCCAUGAUCAUAUUGAAUGGCGAAUGGUGCAGGCUCGAAGGGCCGAAUGGCCUCCACUCCUGCACCUAAUUUCUAUGUUUCUAUGUUUCUAUGUAAAAGGGUUUCAAAUUGUGAAAUAAAUGGAGACAUUGUCUCAAAUACUCAGCAGGUCAGACAGCAUCUGCAAGGUAAAACAGACCUUACAUUUGAGAUCUAAUACUGAUGACGAAUGGUGUUUCCAUUUGGAUUUUCAGCAUCUGUGUUUUUUAAUUCGUUUUUCCAGUUGAAUUGUUGGUUGAAUGUGAGUCUGACCACAAACUUUAUUUGGAAUUAUAAAACUAACAGAAUCCAUAAACCACAUUUAUGUAAAUCCAAAGAAAUUGGCGGAUUCGCUCUCCCUAAUUGUGUUUACUAAUACUGGGCAACGAAUAUUAAAAAAAAAAAAAUCUAUUGGAUGGAUGAUCCAUGCCAACAGGUAAACUGGCAAAUAAUGGAGAGAGAGCGAUAGAGCGAAGAUUGUUUGCCUUUUAAUAUAGGCGCGAUCCAUCUCUCUCCAAUAAAUCUGAAGAAAUCAGUAUAUGAGAAGAAUCCGAUAAUCCAUAGAAGUGAAGCCCACCCUUAAGUUGAGAAAUGUAUUUCUUCUCUCACCAAUCGCCAACAAUCCCUCGUUUAAGUCGUCUACUUUUGGCAAGGUGUUCAUACAAUUGGAAAAAUUAGGAUUUAAAAAACUGGGAGAUCUUUAUGAGAUGGGGACUCUCCUCUCAUUGCAAGAAUUACAGUCGAAAUAUCAUCUGAAAGGUAGCCAAUAUUUCAGAUACCUUCAAAUACGAGACUAUCUGAAAUCACAUACCCAAGUGCCAAUAUAUGGUUCCAGACAUACUAGACGAAUGCAUGAAUAGAAACUCGAACUUGAAUAAGUUAAUAUCGUACCUUCAUAACACCCUUUUAAAUAUAUAAAUCCCAUCGGAAAUAAUUACUCGAGCUUAAGAAGAUGAAUUGGGCCUAACAAUUUUAAAAUAUAGAUGGGAGGAAAGCCUUUUUAUAUAUACGCAAUUGUUCUCUCAACGUUAGGCACUCGUUAAUACAAUUAAAAUUACUGCAUAGAUUGUAUUAUUCAAAGCCUAAACUGGAUAAGAUGGUCCAAAAUGCCUCCUCUAUGUGUGAUAAAUGUCUCAUUCAAGAAGAAGCCAUAACCCACUCUUUUGCCUCCUGUAUAAAGUUACAUAAUUUCUGGAGGGGAAUUUUUGAAUUUUUUUCUGAAAUACUCAAAAUAAAAUUGUACCCCGAUACAGAAUUGAUUACAUUAGGUACGUCAGAAGCCUGUUCUGAGCUAACAUUAUUUCAAAGUUUCCUUAACUAUGGCCAAAUAACGGCGAAAAAAACUAAUACUUACAUUUUGGAAACACACAUCAGUCCCUACUGUGAAGAUUUGGAAAAUAUUAGGCUUGUCUUGGCAGAAAAAACAGAUCAAUUUUCGAAGACAUGGACAACCUUUACCGAAUUAUUACAAGG